AUGGCUUCCUCACUGCCGAAUUUGCUACAUGAAGCAAUUCAACCUACACAGGAAGACGCUGAGCAUGAGCCUGUCUAUCCUCAGCAAACUGAUCCACCUCUCCGCAGAUCAACCAGGAUUAAAAAGCUAAGUCGUUCUAUGCUAGAACGCCUCGCUUCCCAUGGUACUACUUUAGAUCCUGCUGCAACCGCUCUCUAUGCAUGCGGCAACAACAAUGUCAUACUCUCUAUUUUUGCAGCCACCCAAAGCCCGGGGGACGAUACAUCUCAGUCCUCCACCAAGCUCACAUCAGAUGACAUAGAUACAUUCCUAACGGCUGGGUCGACGCUAUGA